AACUUCAAACACAUUUUCCUGAUGAUACUUGCAUACUAAUAUAUAAUAAUUUAAAAGUAACAUUUUCAAUGCAGGAGUUUUACUUGUAAAAGAGUGCUUUUACAGGAAUUAAUACUGUUAUUUAAGUAAAGGACCGGAAUACUUCCUCCCCAACUGGGGGUGUAACAGUAUAGACGGUAUAUGUUUUUGAUUAUUGUUUUUGACCAGCCGUUUCCUGUUCUUUGUAACUUUUCUUUAGUCCUGCUCAAACACUCUAAUUGCAGCCUGUAAUAACUGUGUAAUAACAGUUUAACAUUCACAUCAAACCUGCCACGCUCUUUAUAGAAGCUGCUGUUGCUGUUUCCUGCCCGGCGCCGUCUCUCCUGAAUAGAAAACACUUGAACUCGUUCUAGCUCUAAAACCAAAACCUGAAAUGGAGGAUCAACAUGACAACCUCUUGGCCCUGCAGUAUCCAUCCAUGACAACACGACGAGCCGGUCCAGCCAUUGAUAUUCUGUCUCUCUAUUUACAGCAGGUGCCUAGAAGUAUAAGGUAGGCCGCAUUUCAAGCUAUAAAACUGAACCUGCCAGAUAUCACACGGGAUCAACACUGCAGCGUUUGACGAAGACCUGUGUUGUCUUAAAAACAUGCCUGCAUUGCCAUAGCUGUUCCUUCUAAUUAGAAAUAUUUGUGCAUAAUUAUUAUUGUUUUGUGUCCUUGUCCUUUGUGUGCAGUAAACACAGGGGAACAACUGUCUUCUGUCUCUGCGUAUAUGGCUUCAUGAGCAGCAGGGGAAAUAAGCACACGAUGCAGUUUAAUACAUAAGCCUGUUAAAGGUUGCCUCGGGAGACCAUGUUGUAUGCUGCGACGUGCUUACAGCCUAAUGCAGCAGUCAUCCCCAUCUGCAGCCCAGAAAUCCCUGUUGAAGCUUCUGCAGAAAUGGGUCGUCAAGAGGCGCAACACAUCUGGAAGAAAGUCACCGAAAACAUCCAGGAGGUUUUUGACUUCAUGGAGGAGUUGGGAUCGGGGGCGUUCUCAGAGGUGUACAUGGUGAAGGAGAAGAAGACGGAAAAGUUGUUUGCCAUGAAAUGCGUGAAAAAGAAACAAAAAACAGACCCCAAUCUGGAGAAUGAGAUCACUGUGCUGAGAAGAAUCAAACACGACAAUGUUGUGGGGAUGGAGGAUUUAUAUGAAAGUCAGACCCAUUACUAUCUCAUCAUGCAGCUUGUUUCAGGCGGGGAGCUCUUUGACCGUAUACUGGACCGGGGGGUGUACUCGGAGAAGGAUGCCAGCAGCGUGAUCCAGCAGGUGCUGCAGGCCGUUAGCUAUCUGCACGAAAACGGCAUAGUGCACCGUGACCUCAAGCCAGAGAACCUCCUGUACUACAGCCAGGAGGAGAACUCCAAAAUCAUGAUCAGUGAUUUUGGACUUUCCAAGAUGGUAAACAAUGACAUCAUGUCGACAGCCUGUGGCACCCCAGGAUACGUAGCUCCUGAAGUUUUGGCACAGAAGCCCUACAGCAAGGCAGUGGACUGUUGGUCUAUUGGAGUUAUCACCUACAUCUUACUCUGUGGAUAUCCGCCUUUCUAUGAAGAAAGUGAGACAAGGCUGUUCUCCAAGAUCAUGAAGGCGCAGUAUGAGUUUGACUCGCCUUUCUGGGAUGACAUAUCUGAAUCUGCUAAAGAUUUCAUCCGUAACAUGAUGCAGAAGAAUCCAAGCAUGCGCUACUCCACUGACCUCGCGCUCCUACAUCCCUGGAUUAUCGGAAAGACGGCCCGGAGUCAGGACAUUUACUAUUCCGUCAGCGUUCAGAUCCAGAAGAACUUUGCCAAGUCCAAGUGGAAGCAAGCCUAUAACGCAGCAGUAGCCAUCAACCACAUGAAGAAGCUGCAGCUGGCCCAGUCAGAGGUGGCCCUGAGGAAGGCCAGUAUCCCAGACAUCAAGGUGAUCGACGUGUCCUCCCCAAAGAAAAACCACAGACGUCUCGAUCCAGACAAAUUUGACCCAAAAACAGAGAUCCAUGGGAACGUAAAAGAGACGGUUCACAUGUCGCUGCCCACAAGCCCCGUUGAAACAAAGAGCCAUUAUCACACACUGAAGGCCACUCAGAGUCACGCCGGCUCACACCACGCUCCCACCAUGGCUGAGCAGGGCAAGAACGUCUACCACUCAGAGCCCGCCAACCUCAACGGGUAUGGUAAAAAUCGUAACGGCAAGACUCUACAGACGGGAGUUUGCUCCGUCAUGUGAAUGCUGCACGAAGUUUACAUGGAAACAAGCAUUUUACUUGGUCAGUGUUGCUGUGCUGACUCAGCAUGCAGCUGUUUUGUGUCAGCAGGUCCCCCGGUACUGUGACUGAGACGUGGUUGAUCCUCUGACGGAACCAAACGGAGGUCCACACAGGCAGAGGGACUUUUUGUUUUUUCUGGAAAGAGUGCCUAUGAAGCUUCCCGACAACCACACACACCAACCCAAUCUCAUGGGAAGGCGUAUAAAUAGAAAGACAUAUCCACGUGUCAUUAGUAUGCAUUUUUGGCUUUUUGCAUGUCAUUUAUAUGCUAGUUUUUGCGUGUCACUUAACACCACGUCGCUACCGUGAAGUCCUGUGUUUGUUUGACCCAUCCGCCCACCAUAAGCAGUCCCUCUCGCAUUGUAUACUACAUCCCUUUUUGACAGCAUCUCAUAGUUACGCGGAUACGCUUUCAUUGCAGUCAGUACAGACUACAUGCUGUACAAAUGACAUGCAAAAAGUAAGAAAUGUGUUCUUAUUGCAUGCUAAAUGACCUACAAAUUGUUGUCAUUCAUAUGCUAUUUGGUUAGAGCGGGGUGCACACACACGUACACACACACACACACACACACGAACACUCAGACGCACAAGACUCACUUUAACUCAGAUGCACAGGGUAGAUUUCAGUUAAACAGGACAGGUCAGAAUUCAAGUAUUCAAGGGAUGGGUUCACUCACCUGCUGAAUGUCUAACUCAUUCAUAGUGAAGCAGCCCCGAACCUCUGAUCUCAUGAAGGCUUUAUGUCACACUCACUGCUGUUUGAUCAGGGAGAGUUUAAUUCAUCAACGCACAGUGUCCAGUCUUAUUAGGACUGUGGUUACAGGUUGUUUAAGAGAAUACACACAAUGCAAUAUUAUUAUACUUCAUGUGUAAAAUACUAUACUUUAGAAAACCUAAAUUUUUAAGUGCAAUAGAAUGUAUGAAAAAAAAUGCAUGCUUGCUGCUUCAAAUAAGCCAUACUGGUAUAAUAUAUCCGGAUAAAGUUGUUUCUUAUCUUUAUUACCUUCUUUGUGUUAUUUGUUUGUUCUGAUUUAUUUAUUUUUAUUUCUAAUGUGUUUUCUUUCCUUUUUUAUAGAAAUGAUGAAAUAGAGACAAAAAAAAAAAGCAUACAUGUUCAAACUGACAAAUCAUUAACAGUGUAAAUACCACAAGUAUAUCCAGAACUUACUGAACUCCAUCUAUCACUGCCAUCAAACUGCUGGAAUGUAAAAUGUCAUUCAUGUACGCUGUUGUAGAUGUUUCUCCACUUACUGUGAGUGGUUCACGCUUCAGUCUGUUUUUGUCCCUCCAGCUGUAAGUGGCUUUGAUAUCGAUCUAGUCCAUGUGUUAUGAUGGGAUGCUCAUAAAUAAAGCCUGUACACAAUCUG